AUGGCAGAUGAGGAACGAAAAGUGUCGAAACGCUCUAGAUUUGACCAGACAGAGCCUGAUGUGAAACGUACCUCACGCUUUGACCGACGCUCGCGUUCCCCUACCAGCAGAAACUCGGAGACACAACGGAGCCGCAGUCCUUUAGCUCCAAAGACACCUUUUAGCCCUGGAGCAGAAGACAGAAAAACUCCCCUCGACCCAGCUGCUGCAGCCGCGGCCGCCGCAGCUCGAAUAAAUGCCUCGAUACAAGCCAAGAAAGGCAUACAGCAUGUCGAUGUUCCUCCCAUCCGUGCAACAGAAAGCCCAGUGGCGAAAGCAUCCUCGCCCAACCCAAACGCUGGCUCAAGCACCAGCAAUAUCAAUGGCGACAUGUAUAUUGCAGAUGGAGAUUACAUCAAGGACAUUGAGGUCAAUGAUCUACGAAACAGAUACACGCUGACCAAGGGUUCAACACAGAAGAUGAUUAAAGAAGAGACUGGCGCCGAUGUCACCACCCGAGGAAACUAUUAUCCCGACAAAAGCAUGGCCACUGCAGCGAAUCCGCCUCUCUACCUUCACAUUACCAGCACUUCGAAAGACGGUCUUGAGUUAGCGGUGGAGAAGGUUAAUGAGCUUAUGAAGCAAGAGUUGCCAAACCUUGUCGAUGAGAGACGUUUCAGACGUAGAGAGCCGGAUCAAGUUGAGCGUGAUGAGUUUGGACGACGCAAAUGGCCUGAAGAGCGCAUUCCCAUUGAUCUUGAGCCAAUCCCUGGCUUCAACCUUAGGGCACAGGUGGUAGGUCACGGUGGUGCUUACGUCAAGCAUAUCCAGCAAGAAACUCGCUGCCGUGUGCAAAUCAAAGGCCGCAACUCUGGUUUUAUGGAGCACGGCACAAACCGAGAGAGCGAUGAACCGAUGUAUCUCCAUGUAGCUGGACCUGAUCCCGCAGAAGUCCAGCACGCGAAAGAUCUUUGCGAAUCACUACUCGAGAACGUCAAAGAGCAGUACGCUCGCUUUAAGGAGAAUCCGCCCCAACAACGCGGUUACGGCUACCAGCAAGGAGGCGAUCGUCAGAGCUAUGGAGGUGGCUAUGGGUCGUAUGGAGGAGCGCAGUCUCCAGUGGCCACUGCGACCCCGGCGACGCCCGGCCCGCCAGGAGCUAGCAGUCCGACAGAUUACGCUGCUAACUACGCCCAAUAUUACGGCGGCCAAGAUCCUUAUGCCGCUUAUGGUGGUUAUCAGAAUUAUAUGGCAUACUAUCAGUACUACCAGCAACAAGCCGCACAACAGUCAGGUGCUCCGGGUUCGGCUCCACCUGCUCCUCCAAACGAUGAUGCGCCACCACCGCCACCGCCCAGUGGGUCUCCUCCCGCUGCAAAUGGAGGCUAUAAUUCGGUCCCGCCACCACCAGGCAUGUGA